GUUUCGCGCGACGUGCCAUUUUUACUUCGGACUGCCCUCAACCUACGACGCUUAAGAGCCAUUUUCCUCCAAGAUGUCGAAAACUACAAAUGGGAAAAUGCAGAAUGGCGGUCCUAAAGCGGACUUACAAAGUACUGACGGGCGCAUGACGUUCCUGUUGUUCCUGUCUGUGUUCAUCUCUGUGUUCGGAUCGCCGUUCCAGUAUGGCUACAGCACCAGCGUGGUCAACGCGCCUGCAGAGCUCAUGCAGGAUUUCUACAAAAAGUCCUUCUACAACUUCACGGGAGGAGAACUCGCUGACGACGGCCUGACCGUGCUGUGGUCCACCACAGUCUCCAUCUACUGUCUGGGUGGGCUCAUAGGGUCACUACUGGUGGGACCACUCGCCUCGAAAAUAGGGAGGAAAGGCACGAUUCUCUUCAACAACAUCUUCUCUCUGUCGGCUGCUGCCUUGAUGUUUGGUGCUAGAUUCGCCAACUCCUACCACAUGAUCAUUUUGGGCAGGACCAUUGUAGGGAUUCACAACGGAUUGUCCAUUGGAGUAGUUCCCAUGUACCUAUCGGAGAUUUCCCCGCCAAAUCUGAGAGGUGGGAUAGGGGUGACGUCCCAGCUGCUCACCACUAUCGGCAUCCUCGUCGCACAGAUCCUCGGGCUGGAUUUCAUACUCGGAAAUGAACAACUGUGGCAUUACCUUCUGCUGGUUGGUUACAUCGUUCCAUCCGGGAUACAGCUGCUCAUCCUCCCGUUCCUUCCCGAGAGCCCCCGGUACCUGCUCAUCGACAAGGACUCCAAAGAGAAGGCUACAGAGGUUCUUCAGAAACUUCGCGGAGAGGAAAACGUUGAAGCCGUGUUGGAGGACAUGAAGGUUGAGUACGAGAAUCAGAGGAAGGAACCGACGAUGAACAUCUUCUCCCUGCUGAGGUCCCGCACCCUGCGGUCCCAGCUCAUCUGCUGUGUGCUGGUCAUGGCGGGCCAGCAGUUUUCUGGCAUCAACGCUAUCUUCUUCUAUUCGACGUCCAUCUAUGAGAAGGCUGGCGUGCCCAAGGAGUACAGUCCAUACGCAACGAUAGGAACCGGUGCCAUCAAUGUGUUCAUGACCAUAGUCUCGGUUCUCGUGAUUGACAUCACAGGCAGAAAAGUUCUGCUGACGUGGCCACUCGUGUUCAUGACAUUAGCCUUCGCCAUCUUGACUGUAACACAAGGCCUGUCUGAG